CAGAGAUGAGAUCUGGGAGAAAGCACCAUCCAACAAACAAGUGACCUUCUUAGUAUAUCGAGAAGGAGAUCAGUUGAAUUUCUUCCGUGUGGUAGAUCGGGGAGAUGGCACUUUAACACCAUUAUCUGAAUCUUUGAGGAGAAAUAGAAUAUCACAUCCACACGGGUGACCCCUCCAUUUCCAUUUAUGGUGAGAACACCCCUCAGGAUGGAUAGAAAUUUGGACUUUCCUUCCAUGCCAGUGUCUGGUUAAUUGGAAAACUGAUCAGCUUGUUGUCUGAGUCCCACAGUUAACAGCUUUGGCCAUACCUUCAGGAGACAUUUGUGGAACUGGAUAUCCCCCCUGUGGGGAAAAUAUAUAUGGUGGUUCAGUUUAUAAUUUAUACGCUGAUGAUGAAGAUGAGACAGAGGCAUCACCUUCUGGACAACAGAUUAUUGAGAAUUCAAUUACUAUGAAUAAAAUGAAACUACUCAAGGCAAAGAUGGAGAACAUGAAUCUGAGUAAAAAGCCUAAGAAAACUGUCAAGGUGAAACCUCGUCCUCCAAUGGCUCCUCGACCGUCUGGUGGGUCAGUGGCUGCUACUCGUCACCGCUUUUUGAGAGUGCUCCCCCAUAUUGGCCAGUCCUGCCUACCUCCUCCUGGGAAUUCCUAUCCUGCAGAGUCUUCCCAAAACGCACUUUCGGCGUUGGCUACUUUGGCCACUGCUGGUAGAACGAUGCCGUCCCCAGCUAACGACUUUCUUAAGGAAGAUGACACUUGGCAGAGCAGCUCUUGGUCUCAGUCGGUCAGUAGCAUCAGAUUGCCACCCAAAAUAUCUCGCGUUGAACUAGAGAGUGCAAAACUACCUACAAACAGCAUUCUGACUCCUGCAAAUUCAGAAAAAGCAUCAGAAAACGUGACCUCAGUGAGCGAGGACGCUGUUUUGUUUCCCAAUCUAACCAACGUAGAGCUCUAUGGGACUGAAGAAAAACUUUUACCCGAAACGGAUGCUUUUGCUUUGUUAACGGAAGCGAGCGCCGCCCAACAGCGCGGUGAGAUCUACGAGGUGGGAAAGGGGAACCCAGAACUCGAGCUGUCGGAGGGAGAUGAAGACCCGAAGGUCGUGGAGCAGCACAGAAAACCCCUCAGCAAAGUCCUGAGCACUACGGCCAUGGGGGCUGGGCUGCUCAGCACCCGGGAGCUCAGUCCCCAGAAAAACCUGCUUUUGUCACCUCUCCGGUAUUCGGCGCAGGUGGCACGGCACGGUUCUCUCAAACCACAAACCCAACCCAAAUGCUUCGAGGCUGGGAACUUGAGAUCUCCAGCCUCCCCCAACCUGCUGCGGUCGCUGGAAGUGCGGAGUAUAGCAGACUCCUCUUUCUCUAGGACUACUAGAUUUCGUAGCAUGAAAGUAGAGUCCCUUGGCAAAAGACCUGAUGUCGUUUCUAAAGCAGAGGCCAGGGACGUCACGGAGGUGGCUACCAAGGCAUCCAAAGAACCUGGGAGUUCUGUGAGUAACUUGGGAUUUUUGGCUUCGCUGGCCCGAAGCGCAACCAGGGAAAGUUUACAGAGUUCCUGUGGGACAGGCAGGUUUCGGACUUCUGGUAUUGCACUACCUACAAACCUUCCACAUUUUCAGGAAGAAAGCUUUAGGAAAACUGCUCCUCCAAAUGAAGCUGCUGAAUAUAUUCUAUCUACGCAUGGGCAUGGAAUGAAUGGAAGUAUUGCAGCUGUAGGGAAAAGAGUAGCAGGUGAAGCAACCCAUCUUCCACCUGUGAAUGGCUCAAUUCAAGCAAAAAAGAAAAUUACAAAGCAUUGCUUUCUUUGUGGCAAGAAAACUGGAUUGGCAACCAGCUAUGAGUGCAGAUGUGGAAACAACUUCUGUGCGACGCACCGCUAUGCGGAGACUCACGCCUGCACCUACGACUAUAAGAGUGCAGGGAGAAGGUAUUUGCAGGAGACCAAUCCCGUCGUUAGUGCACCAAAGCUUCCCAAAAUCUAACCUGGUUGUGCUGCAUGUGUGGCCCUUCUGCCCGUGAAGAGUUGUGUUCCACUGAGAGAAGCACUUGCUUAAAACUGCGUCAUUUAUUUUUUUUUUGCCAUGCUCCGUAUUUAAAAGAUUUGCCAAGUAAUAAAAGCACACGAGGAUGCAUCCCACGGGAGAAUAAUGUGAACACUACUGCAGUUAAAACUUUUCUUCUCUAGCGAAUGAAAAGUUAAAAAAAAAUAAUUAGUUUUUAAAAACUUACACUAUGAUUUAACUGUUCCUGCACGUCUUGUGUUGUGUUUUAUAUAUGGGAAAAGCUCUUUCACUAGACAAGUCUUCAAAAGAUGCACUUUACUAACUUUAUUUACUGUAUAACCAGACUGGAAGGGGUGUUGUAAUGAGGGUGUCAUGUAAUGUCUCCUGUACUCCUGCGUUUUUCGUCCAUUGCGUGGUAUCAGAAUCCUAAGUUAUUUCACUGGAAAGGUCCUUCUCCUCCCCUUUCUUCAAAAAGCCCACUUUGAGAUUUUUUUUAAGGGGGGGAGGUCGUGUGUUCCCCCUGCUCUGUUCCAUUCCGAUUGGUGUUCAUACACUGUGUAAUCCAUUCUGGAAAUGACAUAUCAUAUUAAUCACAUUUUCUUAAAGUAAUACUGUUUAUAUGACAAGUUUGUUUUUAAAUAGAAAAUUCCCCCUUUGCCAUUAAAUAUAAGGAACAACUUAUUUUAACUUUUUUUGUAAUCCUAGGUUUUUUUAAGCCUUCACAACCUGGUUUGUUAAGAUGUUGAAUGCUGUUACUGGAAGAAAUUCUAAUAAAUAUUAAAUUUUA